AUGCCAGGCACCAAACGAUAUCAGCAUGUGAUCGAGACCCCUGAGCCUGGUGAAUGGGAGUUGUCAGGGUACGAAGCGGCUGUGCCGAUCACAGAGAAAUCCAACCCACUGACCCGAAACCUGGACAAAGCAGAUGCAGAGAAAAUUGUCAAACUGCUGGGGCAGUGUGAUGCUGAGAUAUUCCAGGAGGAGGGGCAGAUUGUGCCCACCUACCAGCGACUAUACAGCGAGUCAGUUCUGACCACCAUGUUGCAAGUGGCUGGAAAAGUCCAGGAAGUUCUGAAGGAGCCAGAUGGGGGUCUGGUAGUGCUGAGUGGAGGGGGGACCUCUGGUCGUAUGGCAUUUCUCAUGUCUGUGUCUUUCAACCAGCUGAUGAAAGGCCUGGGGCAAAAGCCUCUUUACACCUACCUCAUUGCAGGAGGUGACAGGUCUGUUGUGGCCUCUCGGGAACAGACAGAAGAUAGCGCCCUACACGGGAUCGAGGAGCUGAAGAAGGUGGCUGCUGGGAAGAAGAGAGUGGUCGUCAUAGGCAUUUCUGUGGGGCUCUCUGCGCCCUUUGUGGCAGGUCAGAUGGACUACUGCAUGGAUAACACAGCCAUCUUCUUGCCGGUUCUGGUUGGCUUCAAUCCGGUGAGCAUGGCCAGAAAUGACCCCAUUGAAGACUGGAGAUCAACAUUCCGGCAAGUGGCAGAGCGGAUGCAAAAGAUGCAGGAGAAACAGGAAGCUUUUGUGCUCAAUCCUGCCGUCGGGCCCGAGGGGCUCAGCGGCUCUUCCCGAAUGAAAGGUGGAAGUGCCACCAAGAUUCUACUGGAAACCCUGCUGCUAGCAGCCCAUAAGACUGUGGACCAGGGCAUUGUGUCCUCUCAAAGAUGCCUUCUGGAAAUCCUGAGGACAUUUGAGCGGGCUCAUCAGGUGACCUACAGUCAAAGUUCCAAAAUUGCCACGCUGAUGAAACAAGUCGGCAUCAGCCUGGAGAAGAAAGGCCGAGUGCACUUGGUUGGCUGGCAGACUCUUGGCAUCAUUGCCAUUAUGGACGGAGUAGAGUGCAUCCACACUUUUGGUGCUGAUUUCCGAGAUAUCCGUGGCUUUCUUAUUGGUGACCACAAUGACAUGUUUAACCAGAAGGAUGAACUCACCAACCAGGGUCCCCAGUUCACCUUCUCCCAGGAUGACUUCCUGACUUCCGUCCUGCCAUCCCUCACGGAAAUUGACACCGUGGUCUUCAUUUUUACCCUGGAUGAUAACCUCACAGAAGUACAGGCCCUGGCAGAAAGAGUGAGAGAGAAGUGCCGGAACAUCCAGGCCCUGGUGCACAGCACUGUGGGGCAGUCCUUGCCGGCCCCUCUAAAGAAACUCUUUCCCUCACUCAUCAGUAUCACGUGGCCACUUCUUUUCUUCGAUUACGAAGGGACCUAUGUUCAGAAAUUCCAGCGUGAGUUAAGCACCAAGUGGGUGUUGAAUACAGUGAGUACUGGGGCCCAUGUACUGCUGGGGAAGAUCCUACAGAACCACAUGCUGGACCUCCGCAUCGCCAACUCCAAGCUCUUCUGGAGGGCGCUGGCCAUGUUGCAGAGGUUCUCCGGACAGUCCAAGGCUCGCUGCAUCGAGAGCCUCCUUCAAGCAAUCCACUUUCCUCAACCGCUGUCGGAUGAUGUCCGCGCCGCUCCCAUCUCCUGCCACGUCCAGGUUGCCCACGAGAAGGAAAAGGUGAUCCCCACAGCCUUGCUGAGCCUCCUACUCCGGUGCUCCAUCUCUAAGGCUAAGGCACGCCUGUCUGCAGCUUCUUCAGUCUGUGAGGUUGUUAGGAGCGCCCUCUCUGGGCCGGGUCAGAAGCGCAGCACGCAAGCCCUUGAAGACCCUCCCGCCUGUGGGACCCUGAAUUGAUAUUUCUAGAACCAUGGAGGGGCAGAGUCUCCGUCCACUUCCAAGGGGACAUGUGCCAGCAGUACACGCUGUGGGAAGAACUCAGUUUCGGGUGGGUGGGGCCUAACUGCCCAGAAUUGGGGAAGAGCCCUGUUCUCAACCGGAUUAUUUCCAUUUUUACUGGUGUCUUCUGAACUCAGAAAUAAAACGAAAUGUCUUGUUUUGGAACAUAA